CAGUUCGAGCGAUAAGUUUCUUUCUUUCUUAGUUUAGCUAUUUUUCUGCAUGCCUUAACUCUUCUCGCUGUCACAAAAAUCAAAAUUCUCGCUAAAAGUAAGGUCUAAACUUCAUACUAUGGCUAUUAACGGGACAACAAUUAAUGGCAACGAUGCAGAACAAGAAGCUUUUAAAUUAUGUCAAGAAUUUCUGGGUUCCCCUUGGAAUAAUAUGGAUAUUUCUAAUUUUAGGCUUUCUGUAGUGAACGGCGGAUUAUCCAACAAGUUGUAUUGUUGUACGCUUGCAAAUCCUUCUCUUCCAAUGAGCCCAAAAGUACCUGAAAGAGUACUUUUGCGAAUUUAUGGUCCUUUACAAGAUGAAGAACAUCGAAAAGUUGUGGAAGCUGCAACGUUCGUAUUACUAGCUGAGAAAAAUCUAGGACCCAAAAUGUACGGAAUAUUUCCUACAGGAAGGCUAGAGGAAUAUAUACCAUCAAAAACUUUAAACCAAGAGGAGAUGAGGCUGAUGCUGACAAAGACAGCCAGAAUGUUGGCUAAAAUACACACUCUCGAUGUGCCGGUCAGAAAAGUACCAGAUCUAUGGGGUACUCAAAUCAAUAAGUGGCUUCAUGAUGUUGAGAAGGAUGCGAUAAAGAGAAAUAAAGGAAAAUUUUCAUUAUCACAGUUCUACAGAGAAGAAAUUCAAUGGUUAACAAAGGAAAUGGAAAACUCGAAUUCACCAACUGCUUAUUGCCACAAUGACCUUCUAGGAGGUAACAUACUCCUUCGGGAAGACUCCAAAAACAAAUUGGAUCCAGACAUCGUUUUCAUUGAUUUUGAGUUUGGAGGAUAUAACUACAGAGCUUAUGACAUUGCCAAUCAUUUUUCUGAAUGGAUAUACGAAUACCACACUCCCGAUCCCCCACAUUUUGUACUAGAUAUCAACAAGUAUCCCAGUAAAGAAGAAAGGGUUAGUAAGUGUACUGUACAAACUCUGGUGUAAAACCUAUCUGAAUUUU